CUCUCCCUCCCGCAGUUACACUCCGAGCCCUGACGCAGCUCAAGUGGCGAUCACAGUGCUGUCCUUGGCGGUGGUUUUUGGUUUUUUUUGCCGCUACUGCGCAGGCGCAGGGAGGGUGUGGGCGGAGCCGCUGUCUCCCGUAGCCCCACCUCCCCCGGCCCUGCUGCGUUCGCCGCCAUCAUGAGCCGCAUUUACGACCAGGGCGCCCUGAGCACCAAGGCUGUGCACACGGAGCGCCUGCGCGGCCGCUGGGACCCCGCCUCCUGGCAGCGUGGUGACGGUGUGAUUGUGGAGGGGCAGCUCUUGGAUGUGUCCCGCCAUCUCAUCUUGGAUGAUGCUGACAAAAAGGAGCGCUACUUUGUGCUAUACAUCAGGCCAAGGCUUGUUCAUCGCCGCAAAUUUGACCCCAAGGGGAAGGAGGUGGAGCCCAACUUCAGCGAAACUCGGAAGGUCAAUACUGGCUUCCUCAUGGCAUCCUACAAGGUGGAGGCCAAGGGCAAGACCGACAGGCUGACCCCAGAAGAGCUGGAGCACCUGGUGACCAAGCCAGAGUUGGUGAAGGUGACGCAGCCCUACACACCCAGCCAGGCUGUGGCCUUCUGGCUGCCUGAGAGUGAGAUGGAGAAGAUGGAGCUGGAGGUGGGGAUGGAGAUCCGCCUGAGGACUCUGGGAGAUGGACCCUUUGUCUUCUCCUUAGCCAAGCUGGAUGUGGGGACAGUGACCAAGUGCAAUUUUGCUGGUGACCAGCAAGCUGGGGCCUCCUGGACAGACAACAUCUUGGCUUUCAAGGAUCACGGGGAGCCGUCUGAUGAACCCCGAGGGCAUGGGGAUGGUGCGGAAGAUGCCGAAUGGGAUGACUGAGGCAAGAAGAACUGAGAGGACGCAAAUAACUCCCUGCUGCUCCUGGACUCUUCUCUAUUCUUCUGUUUCCAAAGCUUCUGGGGAAGGAGGGGGAUGCUUGGGGUGGGGAGGGAGUGGUGUGUGCUCUCUCAGCAGGGCUGGGAUUCCUGCAGCCUUUCUGAAUUUCUUUACAUGAUUCUUCCUGGGUGCCUGAGGGUGGCAGAUCAGAAAAACGUUACCCCCAGGCUAGUUGUGGGCUCUUCUACGGCAGGCACUGCCCCAGCCCCUGGAGCAAAAGCCUCAGCCUUUCAGCAGCAUACCAAAAAUUACUGGUAGCAGUUUCAGGAAGACCAAAGAAAGUGAUGGCCGCCAGCCACUGAGCGCCAAGCAGUGGGAGAACCACCAGGAGCAGUGGAGGUAGCUUGACCAGCCACAAGUGUGGAGGACAGGUUGGUCAGUGUCUCUGGCCACAGUGCUGAAAUAGGCUAUUGGAACAGGGAGCUUCCAUCUCUGAGUACCAAAUGCUGUGGGCAAGCAGCAGGCGAUGGCUGUGUCACCAUAGCAGCUUGAAUGGCUAGUGGUACCAACUGCAGAAGGCAGCCUGCUGGUACGGUUCUGCUUUGUGUUCUCAUUUGGUGCCACACGCCUUACCUUUCAGUGGACUGUUUCUUCCUCCUCAGAGCAGCAGCUGGAUUCACCAUCAUGUGCUGGUGAUCUGAGAGGCAGCCUAGGAUUUAGCUUCAUGGGGCUUUUAUUGGGUGCUCGGACAACACCUUCCUUCCUUCUGCUUCUCUCCCGUAUUCCUGCCCAUGCUCAGCCCACUCUUUUUUUUAAAAAAAAACUUUUUUAUUCACUUUUACACUGUACAUUUGAAUUCAAAGAUUAAUCAUAACCAUCAACAUUUAGGAUUCCUUGAACCCUUAGACUUCCCUCCACUCCUCCAUGGUUUCCAUUAUCAAACUUUUCCUGCUGCAUCCUAUAUUUUCUCUAUUUUUCUUAAAAUAGUCCAUUUUUUACCUUAGUUUUUUUAUACAUUACACACAUUAUUCAAAUUCUGCCAAAGUUUUUAGUUGUUUACAGUGUUGUAAUUUCCCCCCAUUCCUUAUUAAAGUUUCUAUCUUCCUGAUUUUCCCAGUCAUUUUCGCCAUUUCGGUGUAGUCCAUCAUCUUUAUCAACCAUUCAUCUCUGGUCGGGACUUCAUCUUCUUUCCGUCUCUGAGCCAAUAGUAUCCGCGCUGCUGUCAUUGCAUACAUAAAUAAUCGCCCACUCUUCAGUCUGAUCCUUCUGGACCAGCUGAAUAGAUUUGUCAUAUAUUGUACCAAGGGAUGGAACAUGACCCUUAUUGAUGGAGGCUGACCCAUUUCGUAAAUAACUUUUUGUGUGUGUGUGAAAUCAAUAAACACAUUUAAUAAAAUACAACUGGUUGUAUUGAUGGUUGUUCCAUCAAUACUGAAAACAGUCUAUAGAGCAUAAUAACUUACCCAUUUCACACUAGAGAUUUACACGUGAUUGUGGUGGUAGAGUUUGGUCAUCUCUCUGUAUGUACAAGAUGAAAAGUGGGCGGAGGCCUUUCCUUGAGUACAUAGGAACGCAGGAAACUGCCUUACAUUGAGUCAAGCCCUUGGGUCCAUCUAGCUCAGUUUUGGUGACACUGACUGUUUCCAAAAGAUGGCUACAGGAUGCGAUCUUCAGCUGCUCUUUUGGGGGCAGCAGCAGCUUGGUGGAGGAAGUCCUAAACAGUUGCCAUUUGGCCUCUGGGCCUGUGCUAAGCAGGCAGGAGCUGGGAAAGGCCUGGUAGGAGAACCUCAGCUCUGCUCAAUGCUCUGUAUACAUUCUGUAAUAAAAUAUUUCCAUUUCCCCCCA